AUAUUUAGUUCACUUCUCUGGUUCCAUAAAUGGUUGCUUUCCAUCCCUGGUCUGUUUAUUUGGUUUUUCACAAAUUUGAAAAAUAAUGCCCCAGCAAAUUCGCGUGGUACAAUGCAUCCAAUGCAAAAUGUACCAGGUGGACUUCGUGAAAAAGGCCAACACAUGGCAGUGUAAAGUUUGCCGGCAAAACCAAAAUUUGCUUAAAGAGUUCUUUCGAGGAUCGGCAGCAGAAUGCCGGGUUAAGGUGCAGCAUCUCAAUUUGAAGCGCGGAAUGCAGGAGGAUAGACUGAAUGGUUUAUUUCUCACGGCAAAGGAGCAGCUCCAAGCGGAGGAAGACUGUCUGGAAAACGACGAAAACACUACACCUCAGAAAAAUGUAAAUAAAUGGGCAAACUACGUAGACGAACCACUUGAAAAGUCUGCAGUGGAACCCAGGAUAACCGAAGAAAUGUCCGACGAAAUUUCGAUGGACUUUAGGAAAACCAGGCGCACAGAAGCACGGUCCUUCAAACGUUCUGCUGAAAAUAUGCCGUCAGCAAAUAAGAAAAGUUGCUCUAGAUGGAGCGAUUUUUUAUAAGUCUUAAAAAAAUAUAUAUACCUCAUGAAGAGGAGUAAAAUUCUUUAAAAAUGUAAUUGUUGGUAGAUGCUGACUUUCUUUAUAUUCUGACAUCUAAUAUAUUAAGAUUUAUGUAUUCAGCGAAUAAUAUUCCCAGU